UCUAAAUUCGUUUUGUCCCGCACAGUCCAACAGUAAUCACACGUCGAAGUUUUUAAUAUAUUUCGAGUGAAAUUGCAUUUAAUUAAUUUCUGUAUUUAUUUUACUCCUUUUAUUUCUAUUUUCUAAGUUGAAUUAAAAAUUGACAGUGAAAAUGUCUACAAGAACAAAUACGAUUCAACACAAUACAAGUGGUAGUGCCAAGUCCUCUUCAAUGAAGGAAAUUUGCAAUAGAGCUUUGACAGCAAAAUCUGAGUGGCCGGAUAAGGAUGAAUUUUUGGAUGUUAUCUAUUGGUCCCGUCAAAUUUUUGGCAUUAUUUUAGGUGUAAUCUGGGGUAUUGUACCACUUAAAGGCUUUUUAGGUUUAGUAUUGUUUGCAGGUAUUAGUUGUGCUGUUGUUUACAUAUAUGCCAUUAAUUUUCAAAAUAUUGACGAAGAAGCUUAUGGCGGUGCUUGGGAAUUGAUUAAAGAAGGUUUUAUGACUUCCUUUGCUGGUUUUCUAGUAACAUGGAUUAUUUUCUAUACCGGUCUUCAUUACGAUGCCAUAAUGGAAGCCAAAGGACGUUAGUCUUAAUCCUUAUAACAAAAGAACUAAAAAAAAGCAAUUCACAAACAUAGAUAAAUAGUAGUAGUUAAUAUAAAUUGAUUCCUGUUUUAAUUUGUCCAUUAAAAGUAAAUGAAUGAUUCCUUACGCCACAAAGAAAUUAUAAAUUUAACAAAAAUUAUCAUAAAUAAUUAACAAUCUAUGUUAAAUUAUUUUCAUUUGUAA